AUGAAUCGACUUCUGACUCGAACUUGCUCCCUUAUCAACUGCCGGCGUCCAAAUGCAACAAAGGUAAGGCUACGGUAGUUGUCUUACUGUAAUAAACGUUCUUCUCGCUCUAUCUCAUUUUGCAUGGAUUUCUUUGCGUUUUUUAUCGUAGGAUUACGGUAACUAAAAUGAAAUUGAAAAAUUAAACUAGCAAUAAAAUUAAAUGAGGAUUUGAAAAAGUUACAGUCUCGAUUUUACUUCCUUUUGAUUACGUGGCAAUCGCAUAAACGCCUCCAAAGCAUAAACCAACUCUUCCUUCUGAUGAUGACAUAGCCGAUUGAUCAUCCCACUCGAAAUUCGCUGAAAAAAGUCUGGUUUGUCCUUUUCUUCCUUGAUUUCCUUGAAAUUUUUGCAGUGAUUUCAUUGAUGGGAAUUGGUUUUGGCGGGAAGAAAUAUCGCAACAUUUGAAAUCAGCACGAUAACAAAUAAAAAGCAGUACAAGUCUAACAUAAAUUAAAUAGAUAAAGACUGUCCAUUUACAGACUGAUCCCCUCUUCCGCCUCUAUAAAUACGCUUCGACCACUCCGAUUGCUCCUAAAGUGUUGAUUACUGGAGGAUUGGGACAAUUGGGAAAGAGUUUGGCUUUGGUUUUGCAGUAAGUUUAUGGUCAGAGAAAGCUAAUUAAUGGUUAGGGCCAUAUAUGGGCACGACAGUGUGAUCGUGACAGAUAUUGGAAAACGGCCAGAGUAUUUGAAAGCGGUACCCUUCUGUUAUUUGAAUAUUCUGGACAAGAAUUCGAUAGAAGAGGUAAUUGUGAAUAACAACAUUGAUACUGUUGUUCAUUUCUCGGCUCUUCUAAGUGCAGUUGGAGAAAACAACGUCCCUCUGGCAUUGCAGGUUAAUUCCCAAGGAGUUCAACAUGUUCUGGAAGUCUGCAGGUGAGUAAUGCGAAAGAAUUCUUAUGUUGUUUUAGAGCCCACAGUCUGAAAGUGUUUAUCCCGAGCACAAUUGGAGCCUUUGGGCCCACGACUCCUCGGGAUUUGACCCCUGAUCUCACUGUUCAACGGCCUAGAACUAUUUAUGGAGUAACCAAAGUAUACGCCGAAUUGUUAGGAGAAUAUUACUUUGAGCGCUUCGGAUUGGACUUCAGAUCUCUCAGGUUCCCUGGAAUCAUCUCAGCCAUCCAGCCCGGAGGUGGAACUACUGGUAAGCAAUCUAAAUGAUAGUUAAUAUGAUCGUAUGUAGUUACUUGAUCCUUUCAUUUUGUCAUCAUUGAAUCUAAUCCGACGUUGUUUUUUACAGAUUAUGCAAUUCAAAUCUUUUUUGACGCUUUAACGACCGGUAAGCAUGUUUGUUAUCUGAAGCCGGACACCAUGUUACCCAUGAUGUAUGACACUGAUUGCACGGCUUCUGUUAUCCAGGUAAUAACCAGUUAAAAGAAGGUGAAUUUAAAACAAUUUCAGAUGCUUGCCGCUCCGUCUCAAUCUCUGUCCAUGAGGACUUACAAUGUGACUGGGUUCUCGUUUACCCCAGAAGACAUCGCCACUGAGAUACGUCGUUAUAUACCUCAUUUCCAAAUUGAAUACAAUCCCUGCCCCAUCAGGCAGAAGAUUGGUAAGUUCAAAGUUUUUCUUUGAUUUUUUUGAGUGUUUUUGGAUAGAUUAAUUUAAUUUUAGCUGAUUCUUGGCCCCGUUCCCUGGACGAUUCCCUCGCAAAGGAAGAUUGGGGAUGGAAUCCGGAACAUAAUCUGGCCACAACUACCAGAUUGAUGUUGGAAUUGGUCGAAGAGAAGUUGGGGAAGACCCCCAAAAACACUCCCAUCCAAGCCCAUUUGUAA